AUGGAGCGUUGGAAAAUGUGUCGUUACAGUUAUCAAGAAACGAUGGGACACAUCUCCAGCACCCUGCUUUUGUGCUACUGUGAUGUUGGUUCAUUGGAUUCCAGAACAUUGCAGCCACUGAAAGUUCUGCAGUGCUCCCUUUCUGGAUCCUCUGGCAGGGCCGCGAUUAGCCAGCUGUUCAUCCCAAGCACGUACUUCAGAAUUAUAUGGCCACAGAUUCAUAUUUUGGAGGGCUGGUUUGGGCUGGUGGAAAUGGCAGUGAACAGGAUGUUGUUGGGGAAGGUCAAUUUUCAAUUCCUUCUAUUUGUGACAUAUGCAGUUGAGAAAAGAAGGGCCUGCUGUGUUGUGAUAAUUUGGCAAUUGCAAUAG